CACCGAACUUAACUUCCAAGAUCUUCAACAUUAUUGCUUCAUUCAUCAGCUUCCCUCUUCGACUAGGGUUUUUUAAAACCCAGAAAAACAGUCGAAAGGGGGUUUUGUUUUUCAAUUUCCCCCAAAAUUUCUUCCAUUUUUUACAAUCGCGCCAAUUUAGCAACCAAAUUUCAUUCUUCAAACCCUUUCAAUUUACAAAUGCUACAUUUUCUCUCUCCUCCACUAGCCAAGAUUUAACAAUGUCGUCUUUCUCUCUCUUCUCAACUCCCCAACAACAGCAACAACAACAAUCUCCCUUUCAAUUGCAAACACAACCCCAACAACAAUCGAAUCCUUUCUUGCAACAACAACAACAGCAGCAGCAACAGCAACAACAGCAGCAACAACAGUUUCAAUUCCAACAGCAGCAGCAACAGCAGCAACAACAGCAACAGCAACAACAGCAAUUGUUUUUGUUUACAAAUGAGAAAACCCCAGCAAGUUACAGUACUAAAUGGGCAGAUCUUCACCCUGACUCCCAGAAAGUUCUCUUGCAAAUUGAGGAUAGAAUACUGGAGUACAGAGGUGAGAGUCAGAGUUUAGAUCAAUGUAACCGCCUCUUCGAUUCUUCGGUCUCCAAUAAUACUUUCGAGCUUGAUGCUAGCCGCAUUCUUCAGGAACUUGGCGGAAUUAGUACAUCCAUGGAAAGACAGAAAGUGACAUUGCAUGAGUUGAUGGGUGGUGUAAAGGAAAUGCUAAGAAACGCCGAGAUUGCCAUUCGUUCUUUUAUGAUUCUUCGGCCAAGGUUUCUUCAUCAAAAAGGUGGAACUGCUUCAAAUACUACUGCAUCAGCCCAAACCCCUGGUACAUCAACAACACCUGGCGGAUCAAGUCAAGCAGCUGCCAGCUCUAUGGUGCCAGUAAAUGAUUUUUACAGUGGGGUUCCAAAGAAACCAUCUCCAUUUAUGCAGCAAACAGUUGCUAGAUUUGAGAAGUACAUAGGGGAGUGCCGGCAAUGGAUUGAGGAGUUAGAGCAGCUUCUACUCUCAGAUUCUGAUCGAAAUUCUAUAACUUUAAACUCAUCGGUUUUGCAGUCUUUUCCUAAAGUUCUGACCAAUGUACAUGAAUUUUUUGUGCACGUGGCUGCUAAGGUUGAAAGUAUUCAUCAGUACAUUGAAUCCAUGAGAACAGCAUAUCUUGCUGACCAGAGACGUCGUGGGGAUGUUGGUGACCCAUUUUUGGAGGCUGACAGGCGUGAAGUGGCCAGACAAGAAGCAGCUGCUAAAAGAGUGCACCCAACAUUGCAUCUGCCAGCAGCACCACAGCCAACAACUCAGGUUGCUGGAUUGUUUGCUAGCUCAGGGGCUCCUGGGGUAUCUACCGCACCACAGACUUCUGGAGCACCAGUGUCAUCUUCAGCUGGAACUGGGUUUUCUCUCUUUGGAGCUACUCCUGCUAGCACGUCCUCAUCUUCUCUGUUUUCAACCCCUGCAUCUGCUUCAGGGGGCCUUUUUUCUACAUCUAUGGCCUCUCCUCAAACCUCACUCUUCCCUUCCUCAUCACCGGCAUUUCCAUCAGCCUCAACAGCCUCCUUAUUUGGUGGCAGUGCUCCUGCUUCUGCACCAGCUGGAAACUCCCUAUUUUCAACUCCUUUUGGUUCAGGUUCUGCAUUAGGAUCAGGGUCAAGCUUUGGAGCUACAAAUAGAGCUAAGCCAAGGUCUCGAACCUCUCGGCGGUAACAUGAGCAAGCUAGUCAAGAAAUUUUGAGAUUAUAUUCGAGGUUCUCGAAUAUCUGUGUAGCCGGAUAUUCUAAAAUGCCUUUGAAGCCAUCAGUUUACAAAUGUCUGUUAUACUGGAUAUUCUGAAAUGGCUUUGAAGUCUGAUGUUUUCAAAUGAGUGCUGACACCAGUCUUUGCUUUUCCAAGCGGAUUUGCUUCUACAUAAUAGUUGCUGCAAGUGGAGCCAACAAGUAGAAAAUUGUAGAAUAAGCCCUUAGGUAUUAGAUUCUUAUUUUAGAUUGCGGAUUCUUUCCAACUCUCGAAAGAAAGAGAGAGACUGAGGUAGACAGAGUAGAAAAAGUGUUGUACUGAUAGAUGGUUGAAGAAAGCUGAUGAUUUAAUUGAGAAGACAUUGUCAAAAUGUUUGGGGCUAAUCUUGUUUGUUAUUGUAAUUCAUUUAACAUUUGCCCUGUAACAGAUUUCGUAUAGGUUUUUGAAAAGCUUUGUGAAGUGUUUGAUUUCUGAUUAUUCA